AUGCUUCCAGAUGAGAUGCUAUUAGAAAUUUGUAAAUAUUUAUUAUGUACUAAUAUUCUUCUAUCUUUUACUGAUCUUAACAAUCGAAUAACACAAAUGAUUAGUGAAUAUUAUCAUCAUAUUUCAUUACAUAAAACAUCUAUUUCAAAAUGUAAUUAUUUAUGUAUAAAUAUUCUUCCACAAAUUGGUUUUCAAAUUCGAUCAUUACUUAUUGAUUGUUGUUAUUCUAUUUUACAAGAUGAUUUAUUUAUGAAAUAUUUUGAUAAGAAAAUGUCAAUAAUAUUUCCUAAACUAGAACGAAUAAGUCUUGUUUCCUAUCAAUAUAAUCAAUUAAUUACUUUUCUUAAUACUCUAUAUGAUUUAAAUUAUCUUGUUGAAAUUCGUUUAUAUAGUCUUUUUCCAAUUGACAAAAACAAUCAAACAACAGUCAUUCGAUCAUUAAUUCAAGCAAAUAAUCAUCGAAUUACAACAAUAUUAAUCGAUGAUCAAUCAAGUUCUUUACAUUUUCAUCAUGAUGAUUAUUAUUUAAAUAUCAUUCGAUUACGUAUCAAAUUAAGAACAAUUAUAGAUUUAUCAUCUCUCUUUCAUGCUAUUCCAAAUAUUCAAUAUCUAGAUAUAAUACUUGAUGAAAAUGAUAGUUUAUCAGAAUAUUUUGAUCAAUUGACUUUAUCUCCUCUUUUUUAUCUUACUCAUUUUCAACUUAUAUCUACUAAGCAAUCAUGGACACUUGAAAAAUUACGUCUAUUAUUUGAUCAAUUACCAAUAGUAAGGCAUCUAUCACUUUUUCUUUCUACAGAUGAUAGAUGUCUUAUCGAAAAUGACACAAUUCUUUCUUACCUUCCUUCGACUGUUCAACAAUUUGACUAUGCUAUUUAUUUUUAUCAUAACAUAUCUUUUGAUGAAAUUAAUGAGAUUAUUACUUCUUGGCCAACAUCUCAUCCAGUUACAUGCUUCUACAAAGAUACACUCUUAUUUAUUCAUACAUUACCUUGGCGUUUUACUCGUAUUUCAUUUCCAACAUUUAUCAAUAAAAUGAUGUCAUGCAAAACAAAUAAUAUAACUGGCUAUGAGAGUAGUGUUGAACAAUUGGACGUUACGAUCGAUAAAAGUUUUACUUUAAUCAAGUCUUUAGGAAUGAUAUUACAAUGUCGUCAAUUAAGAGAUAUUACUAUUUAUGUGAGAGAUACUGGUGACACCGUUAAAGAAUAA